CGCGCACCCCUCCUCCCUGGGCCCCGGCUGUGAGAUGAAGGGCAUCAUCAUGCACGAGAUGAUCCACGUCUUGGGCUUCUAUCACGAGCAGAACCGAUACGACAGAGAUCGAUACGUCAACAUCAACGAAACCAACGUCACCGAUCGUGGACUCCAUGAUUUCAGGAUCCGUAACAGCACAAUACUGGACCCGCACGGAGCUCCCUACGACAUGGAGUCCAUCAUGCACUACAGCCCCUACACAAUGGCGGCCAACAGAGCCUACCCGGUGCUCACUCCCAAACCCGAACUCGCCAAGGGGCAGAUCUUGGGUCAAAGAUUUGCCCUGACACCGAUCGACGUGAUCAAAGUGCAGCGUCAGUACAAUUGUCCAGAGGACACCUCUAACCUAGUCUCCGACAUUUCCCCGGCCAAUCUGCACACCUCGUGCAACUUUGACGACGACACGUGCGACUUCCACGUCAAACCCGCGUCCACAGACGUCACUUCCUGGAUACGUAUAACUCAGUCGACGCCCGACGGCCCCAAGGCUGGUUACACAAAUGGCCUCGACCCGUUCUUGUACGUGUCUGUUGAUACUUCUCUAAUGACUUGGCUGGAAAAGAACGAACAAGAGAUGGGGAAGACGACCGAAUCGACUAAAACACUACCCGUUGAGACAACAAUGGAGUCGAAAAUAUCGACUCAAACCGGGAAGUCCACCGAGGGCAAAGAUGUUACGACAAUCAACGCCAGCACGAAAGAGGCCGGACAGUCUGUCACAAAAACAACUUCUGCCGCAGACGAGAAGCAAACAUCGACCAAGACAAUGACCUCGACAGCAGAAUCGUUGACGAGAAACCCAACAACAGCCGAUUAUCUUGGGCUGUCAACAGCUCCACCAGCGAAAACAGGGUCAACAGAUGGAGUGACGGGGAACGCAAAAUCGAGAGGUACGACAGCGGCAACAUCAGGACCAGAGCAACCAGUCACAAAAAUAGGAUCCCAAACAAAAAUAGCAAGUACAACAACAACACAAACAAAGACAACAAAAGCAAAGGCACAAAUAAGGUCCCAAAACACCGAAACCGAAGCCACAAAGACAGCUCAAGACGACACAAGCAGCGCAAAUCUCGCUGGAAGCUCAAAGUCCCCCAAGCUCAGAGCUUCCCUGUUCACGCCAAUAAUGAAGUCUGAGACAGCUUUCACGUGCCUUCAGUUCGGCAUCUACCAGAAGGACGCAUCUGCUAAGUUGACCGUGUACAUAGCGGGACCUUUGCUGUACAGACAGCCAGUCCAGGAGUACAGCGGGGCACUGGGGGACCAUUGGGGCCUUGUAAGGCUGAGCAUCCAGCUGCCCGUAGGACUGUGGUACCAGUUGGAGCUUGAGGCAACCGCGGACAACGGCGCCAUCGCAUUGGACGACAUUUACAUUCUCAAGAUGAUGUGCCCCUGAUGUACAAGUUCAAUGCGUGAUUGUAUAAUAUAGCCAGUUUCAUUUCUGUCGUUGAAAACAUACACUCUCAACAGGAACCAUCAAUAAUGCUUUAUACUGUACCAGACCAGUAUGUUGGUAAUGUCACCACCAAUACCUCAAUUACUAGUACUAUCAGAACCAUCCUUUCUACAAUUACAGUCAUAGUAAUCAUCAUGAAUACUGCUGCUUCUGCAUCUUUUUCUGCUAAUGCUGCUGCUAUCAUACCACUAAUAAAAUAAUGGCGUUGAUGAUGAUGAUGAUGAUGAUGACGAUGAUGAUGAUGAUGACGAUGAUGAUGAUAUCAAAGAUGAUGACUAAAACAAAAUUACUCGUGAAUGAUUAAAGGUGAUGAUGAUACUGACAAUAAAAGUGACAAUCAUAAUCAAAAUUGAUCAUACUGACACAGUGCAUUCAAUUCUGUGAACGAUGAAGGCGGUUUUUUUUUUUACAGCAAUGGCGACACGAAUAUGCACACUAUUCAUUGAC